AUGCCGGUUGUUGAUGUUGGUUCUAAUAUCCCUUCCACCUUUGCCGCAAUGGCUUUGGCAAUGAUAGGGCAUUCUCUCCUCUUGUGGCAGCUUGGAUUGAAAGGUCUUAAGUUAUGUACCCUCCCAACAAAUCCGGUGUGUUUGGGCUUUAAUUGCCUUCCUUUCUCCUUUAAGGAGUGUUUUUUCCUCUCAUUACUAUCACUUGUUAUCAGUGAAAUUGUUACAGGGAGCUUUGUUUUGAACAUGGUUCUGUUCCAAGCAGAAGCGAAGAUAUUAAUUUAUCGUUUCUCGUUUAGAUGGUGUGAUCUGUCUGACCUCUUCGACCAUGAAGGUUUUCAUCCCUCCCCUUUACUGUUUCGUUCAAGAAUGUCAAACUGA